AUGUCGACUCCAAUAGCCCUCAUCACCGGCGGCGGCUCCGGGAUAGGUCUUGCCGUCGCCGAACACCUAAUCCAGUUCCACGGCUACAAAGUCGCUAUAGCCGACAUCGUCAAAGAACGAGCAACCGAGCAAGCUGCAAGAUUAGGAUCCGACCAUUGUCUCGCCCUCCACGCCGACGUCACGGACUACGACUCCCAAGCCAAAGCAUUCGUGCAAACCUUCGAAUGGGGCGGCAACCGCCUCGAUCUCUUCUUUGCCAACGCCGGGAUAGGAGACCUAGAUAGCCUGUACAAAGACCUGGAAAUCGACGAAAGCACCGGCCUACCGAAACCCCUCAACAUCCGAUGCGUGGAAGUGAACCUCCUAGCCGUGAUGCAAGGCAUCCACCUCGCGCGGCACUUCUUCAGCGAAAAGAACAGCAAACCCGGCGGCCGCAUCGUCGCCACUUCGAGCUCCCUAGGCCUCUACCCGAACCACGCCAUCCCGCAAUACUCCGCAUCUAAACACGCCCUCGUGGGCCUCAUCCGCUCCCUCGCCCCCGUCUACGCAAAGGACAACAUCACAAUCAACACCCUCAACCCAGCCCUCAUCGAAACGAACAUCAUGCCAGCAGAAGUGCUGGUCAAAUGGGACCGCUCCGGCCUCACGCCCAUGGACCGGGCGUUGCAGGCUUUCGAUAUGAUUCUGGGCGAUGGGAAACUGACGGGGCAGACGAUUGAGCUGGCGAGGGACGGAUUGUUUUUCAAGCGCCAGCCGGAGUACGCCAUGGAGAACACGAGGUGGAUGUGUGAGAGGCAUGCGUUGUGGGAGGAGGUGGCGGAGCCGUUGAUGCCGAGGCCGCCGGGGGAGAAUGCGGUUUUUGAGUAUCAGGCGCCGGAGGGCGUGAUUCGGUGA